GUAAGCCAUUUUGAAUAGUAAUUUAUCAGUACGCAGUGGAAUCAAUGGCUAGGCUUCGAACAAGUCGACUUCUCAAGUUUAUGAACAAGGUGUCUUGCAAAUGGAAUAUAGACACUGAAGGUUUCAAACACCAAUCUGUUAAGACAAAGUUCUUAUAUUCAAAAUAAUUCUGAACGAAUUUAACACAGCUUUAUUUAAGCGAAGAAUAAAGUGAGACCAUGUAACUAGAGAAAAAAAUGACAGAUGUGAUGGAACAAGAAGAUGAAUAUGGAGGAGGUACAACUGAUGAGUAUGAUCCUGAAGAAGACACUAAGCCAAACCAAAAUAUAGAGGAAGGGGAACAAGGAGAAACAGGUCCAGAGGAGAAGCAGGAAGAGGGUGAAGAAGAGGAGGAAGGAGAAGAAGAAGGGGGCAUAGAACAGGAUGUAGAACAGGAGACAGGGAAGCAUAGAAGAAAACGUCACAGAAGUAGUCAAGAGGAUCCAGAGGGGAACCAUUAUGGAGACUCGAGAAGAAGAGGUCAUCGGUCACAUGAUUCUGAAUAUAAAAAAUUUAAACACUCGGGAAGUGAUCGCUCGGAGGGCGAACAGGACAGGCAGCAAUAUCCAGGGGGAGAUUACUCUGACCAAGAGGAAUCGCAUGAGAAAGAGCGUCGAAGACAUAGAAGGUCAGAGGACAGGGGAAAGCAUAGGCGUCAUGGAAGACGUAGAAAGGACAAGUCCAAGAGCAAAGUGAGGUUAGAUGACUCAAGAAGCAGCCAAGACAUGGAAGCAGAGGAUGGUGAGAUUCUGGAGGAUGGGGAAAUUGAAGAGGAAGGGGAAGAAGGGGGUGACAUUCGAGAGGAAAACCAUAGAAAUGGUUCCAGAAUGGAACAUCAUGGUAGUAGGAGGAAAUAUGACAGAGAUGGAGGGAAGUCUGGAGACAACAGAAGAGAAGGAGAUUAUCAGGACGAUGAUUUUGAAGAGGGGGGCAGUGAUCAGGAUAAGGGGCAUCCCAGGGAACGGCACGACAGCAGACGGCCUCAUCCUCGCAGGGACCGACAUGGCAGAGAUAGAGAGAGGCGGGAUCGCAGAGGAAGGAGAGAUGAAAAGCAACAAAGAAACAAAGGGAAAAGGUCAUCAAAAUACCAUGAUUAUGACAAUGUUGAUGAUGAGAAUCAACAAGCUUGGAUGUCUCACAAAAAGAACUCCUCAGGCUCACACAAGCAUGAUUACGACUCCCAGAAUUAUGGAGGAGGAGACAGGCGGGGGGAUAGAUUCGAGAGCCCUCCAGGUCCCUAUGACAGUCCCUCAGAUGAAGAUGAAGAAUACAAUGGACACCAUGAAAGAUCAAAGAAGAACAAAAGUAUGUUAAGUUUAGUAGGAGAUAACAUGCUUGAUCCAAAUAUUGCAGCUGAAGAAGGCCAGGAAAUAUAUAAGAAACCACCACCAAAGAAAAAAAGAAAUUUUGACAGAGAUGGAAGAGGAGGUGGCCAUAAUAACCAUGACAAGGGAAACAAUAAAAGGAAAAUGCAGUCUCGAGAUCACAACCCGGAUCAACCCAAGAAAAAGCCCUUACUAAAAACUCCAAUGGAGGAAAGACCCAUAUGUAGAUUUUACAAGGAGGGAAAGUGUCAAAAGGGAAGUGAUUGUCCAUUCAACCAUGAGAAAAUGCCAAAGAAACCAGAACUCUGCAAAUACUAUUUGAAUUCCUAUUGUUCCAAAGAAGAUAACUGCAUUUUCAUGCACAGUGAAUUUCCUUGCAAGUUCUUUCAUACUGGUCAAGAAUGCUAUGGCGGAGACAACUGUAAAUUCUCACAUGAUCCUCUUACAGAUGAAACGAAGCAUCUAAUUGAAAAGCGGUACAACAACCAUGACCAUGAUGCUGAAUUUGAGGAGGACAGACAAAGAAACAAAAAUCGACCAAGUUUAUUAGGAUCUCCUCCAAGACACUUACUUGUAGACCCUGCUGUUCAAGAGAGAAUAAAGAAAAUUCCAUCCAUAUUUGAUAUUGAAACACACCCACCAAAUCAAAGUCCCAACAAACCAAGUGGACAUGGGGGUCCACCAAAUAUGAUGCACCCUCCUCACAUGCAACCUCCCAGGCCAGGAUUUUACAAUGAAAUGAAUAUGAACCGCAUGCAGGGCCCAGGACAUCAAAUGAACCAAGGUCCUCCUGGACAUAUGGGACCGAUGGGCCCAAUGGGUCCCAUGAACCAAGGACCCAUGAUGGGUCCCAGAGGGCCUAUGAACCAAGGUCCGCACAUGGGACCACCAGUUUCCUUGCCCGGACCAAUGAUGGGUCCUCCACGAAUGAUGAAUCAAAUGAAUCCAGCUCUGAAUCCUGCUGUGGCAUUAGUUGGGGCAUUACUACAACAUGCUGCUGGGGUGAGGCAGCCCAAUGUGUCUGCUGGAGGGCCAAUGCCCAACCAACAAGGGGGGAAUUUCCAAGGUCCCGGUGACCAUCAAGAGGGACCAUUUGCAGGGCAUUCAGACCAAAACAAACCUUUUCAGGAAGUAGAUAAUCAAGGCCCUGGACCACAAUCAGGAGAUGAUCUGGAGGAACAGAAUCAAACAUUCCAAGGCAGCAGCAGAGACAGAGAUGGUGAUGGUAGUAAGAGAGAUGAUAAAAUGAAAGACGCAGAUCCAAAUAAAGAAAAACUUGCAAUGCUUGGAAUUGAAACUGAUGAGUACUUAACAUCAAACCAAAGAGAACUGUUCCAAAGAAUCAACAAGACCUCAGAGGGAAAAGAAGAAACAAAAGAAAACCAAGAAACAAACUCUAAGUCUGAUAACAACACGGAGAGUGAUUCUAAAGAAAAAGUUGAGGAUGACAACUGGUACUCAAGUGAUGAAGAGGAUCAAAAAGAUUCCAAAAAACUGACAGAUGUACUCAAGAACAUUAACCGACAAUCUUCCACUCCACUCAGUCCACAGUCAAACAAUCCUCCCUCUAGCACUCCUAGCACCAUGAACAUCAUGCAAAUGAUUAAUGCUAUCAAAACUAGUAGCACUGGGGCUACCUCACCUCCAAUCAACUCUACUGCUUCUAUGCCUAGAGAUCCAAGAAAAAGACAAGAUCCAAGGUCAUUUGGUAAAUCGGGGGAUAAAUCAACUCCUCCAAUCAUUCCCAUAGAAUCUCAAGACACUCCAUUUGAAGCCCCUCCUCCAGUGUUUAUAACUUCAAGUGAAGGUGAUGUGGUGUGGAAUGUCAUACCAGUGACAGUAGAGCGUUCUCCUAAAACACCCCCCACAGGUGUCAAUCUCUCUGAUCCAAAGUACAAAAGUGAUCCAAGGGUUCAAAAACUGUUAAAACACAUAGAAGCCACAAGGGGUCAGACUGCAGAUAAUAAAACAGAUGUUCAGAAGCAGGUUGAUCCUCGUACUGGCCAGCCUGUCAAAGCGGGGGCUUCCCAAGGAGAUCCUCGCUUGAAAGCUGGAAGUGAUUCUGUAAACCAGUGGGAUCCACGUCUCGGGCGAACAAAUUCUGAUUCAGGUGCUCGUGCUGGUGACCCAAGGUUACAGCGUACUCCUUUAAAUCCACCAAUGGGUGUUCAACCAGUGAGACCCACAUUGGAUCCCAGAAUGGGCAGACAAAACAGUCAAUCUGACAAUUUAGGUUCUGUGGACCCUCGCUUCUCAAGGCAAAAUAGUUUAAGUGGUAUGACAAGGCCUGCUGACCCUAGAAUGGGAAGGCAAAUAUCUGAACAACCUGUAGAACAAAGGUCACCAGGGCUUCUGCCUACACCCCCCAUACCUCCAAUGCCAGCAGCCAUAGCAAAUGAUCCAAGACAAAGCAGUGAUCCAAGAAAGUUUGGUAGACAGAACUCGACUCCUGAUCCAAACAGUGCUAUGUUACCUGACUUAAGUCUCAAACCUCUCGGUGAACCAUUAAUUAAUCCAAAAACUGAUUUGUUAUUAGAUGAAGAAAGUCUUCAAAAUAUGACAAUGGACAGGCAGCUUAGUCAGUCUGAUUCGGAGAAGGGAGGUGGAGAUCCUGCAGACAAACCCAAACUAGACUACCGCAAUGAUCCACGCUUCAAGCGAAAACCAGCCACUAAACGAAAAGGAAGUAUGGAGUAUGCCUCUCCGCUAGACAGAGAAGAGCCAGGACAGGAUAAUGUGUCAAGCUAUAACAGUUACAAUCGUCCCCCACCAAAUAAUCCACCCAAAACUGAUCCCCGAAUGAACAAAAGUGAUCCAAGGACAAUGCCCAAACCAGAACAGAAAGUAGCUCCAGAAAGUGUAAAUGUGGUUCCAGCUGUGGACAAUGAAGCAGGGGGCUUAACUCCUCCUGGACCUGACUUGGCUUUCGCAUCAGAAGCUGAAAUUAACACAAAAGAUUUCUUUAAGACUAUGGAUCCCACAGCAUCACCAUUUUGUUAGAUGUCUCCCUUUACAUAACAUCUUAAAGCUUUACAUAAUUUCUUUGAAUUGAUUGGUAUAUGUACAUGUUGUAUGUAAUUGUGAAUCUGAAAGUUUUAUAAAAUGUAUGAAUACAUUGAUAUGAAAUGCAUGUGACAUGGUAUCAUGAUUGAAUGAUGAAGAGAAAAAGAAAGCUCUGAAUAGAAAAGAAAUUCAUCUUGUUGCCAAAUGAUCUACUUAUUGACAUUUUUAUGGUUGUUUUAUAUUUUGGACAACCGUUGUUACAUUGUUGAUUGUGAGAUUGUUGUUGACCGUCUCUGGCUUUACUGGAUUAUCAUUAUUAAUGUGUUCAGUUUGCAAUACUACUAAACAUUGCUUCACCAAAUUUUCUUGGAACAAAUUAGACUUUAGAUAGAGUUUAUGUACAUACAAGUGUUGCAUUUACUUUUUAAAGAUAUUUUUAAAAGUUGUAUUGUAUAUACAUGCAUAUUAUAUGUUUUAAAGAUCAAAAGUAAUACAUGUGAUUGAGUUUAUUAAAUUUCAAUACAUUGUAGUUGAUAAAACGAUUUCUUGCAACAAGUGCUCAUGGAAAUUAAUAUGUGAAUGUGAUAUUUUGGUAGAAUAUGUGUGUUUUACUGACCCAUAACAAUUCUUAACUCUUUUUCUUAAAGCAUACUGCAACAUGUUGAUAAAUUAUGAUAACUGUAACCAGAAAGUUUUAUAUGAAUGAAUUCAUGAUGAAAAGUUAUAUGAAAUAUGGAAAGGUUUUAUUUCAGUUUUGAUAAUUUUUUUCCCCUAGAAUAUACAUGUAUAAAUAUUUUAACCAUGGUUGUUUCAUGAAUGCAUGAAUUCAUGUAAAAUGUUUAAUGUUUUUCUUGUAAGAUAUGUGUGAAUGAAUUGCUAGAAUGAGUGUAUGGAAGUUUUAAGAAAGAGAAAUUGUAGUGCAGAAUUGACCUGUGAUGUUGUAUAUUCUAUAUUCCACCCUACAAAAUUAAAAAAUAUGGACAUUUUAAA